UAAAAGCGUGUUGUUGGCCAACAGGCUUUAUUCUGAGUCUUUUGAUACGGGCAAAACACGGAUAAAACGGGCAAAAUGCAUGUUUUUAAUAUUUUAAUUGCGACCGCACUUUUUAUUUCUGCCAACGCUUUUUCUGCGGACAACAUAGAAAAAUGCAGUUUAAAAGAUGAUGAGUGUUUGAAGAGAUCUUUCAAGAAUACUUUGAAGAGUAUUGGGAAGACUGGUGUGCCUGAGCUGGGUAUACCUUCCAUAGACCCUGUGGCGGUGAAGAACUUCCAUGUGACUGUAUUAGACUCCAUAGACUUGAACUUCAAGGAGGGAGUGGUGAAGGGAAUCAAAAACUGCGAAUUCAAAAAAUACUCCAUUGACCUCGACAAGAAGAUAGGCACCACCAAGAUCGCCUGCGACCUCACAAUCAAAGGUCACUUUGAUAUCUCAGGGUCAAGCCCUGCGCUUCAAGGUCUCAUCGGCCGAGACUCUAUCAAAGGAGAGGGCAACGCUAAAGUCAAAUUAGAAAAACUAACCCUGGAAUUCACCGUUCCACUAAAGUUGGAGAAACAUGAUGACGGCAAGCUCUACCUGCAGUACCCCGGUGACAAACUCAAGUACAAGUAUACCGUUGACAAAAUGACAUUCGCUGCCGACAAAAUAUUCAUUGGAAAGGAAGAUAUCAGUGGCUUCGUGGUGACAUAUCUGAACCAAAACUGGAAGUCUCUGAUGCAAAACUUUGGAAAAACUUUCAUGGACAAAGCCCUAGAACAAUACUCGGACUUCGCCAAGAACUUGUUCAACAAAAUAUCCAUUGACAAAAUCAUCACAGAUGACCUGAGCGCUUAUGCUAACUAAUUUAACGGACAAUCUAUUUAUUUUUUGUAAUAAAAAUUCCUGCAAAUAA